CUGCACCGCAAUCAGUGGUACUAUUUGGACGUGCCCUGAGAUAAGGAGAAGAACAGUUCGAUUUAUCGUGCUGGCUGAGUCGCCAAAGCGACUGCGCAAUCACGACUCUCAGCCAGACAAACACGCACGACACGGCACGCGACGCCGUGAUUUCAGCUACCGCACGCACGUUAGGCCUUGAAUGCAGUGAGUAUACAAAAGUGCUCCUGAUAUCCCCAGGAUACUAAACCUAGGAAGUCCUAUAACAGGCGUGGCAGCAUGCCAGCGGCGGCGGCCAGCCGUCCCGGCGAGGCGGGGCGGCGCGCGGAGCGGGCGGAGGAGCUGGUGGCGGCGCUGGCGGCGGGCGACGCGAAGGUGCGGCUGCGGGCGGUGCGCGACGUGAAGAACGCCGUCAUCGGCAGCCGCACGCGCAAGCUCGCCUUCAUCCGGCUGCGCGCCGUGCCCAGGCUGGUGGCCAUCCUGCAGGAGGCAUCGGACCCGGCGGUGGUGCAGCAGGCAGCGGCGGCGGUGGGCAGUCUGGCGUGCGGCGUGCAGGAGGGCGUGGUGGACGUGCUCCAGUCGGGCGCCGUGCUGCCGCUGCUGCAAUGCCUGCUGCACCGCGAUGCCAAGGUGGUGGAGGCAGCUGCAAGGUCUCUGCGCUUGAUCUUCCAGUCCAGUAGUGCGCUGCCAAGUGGCAGCAGUGGUGCAGGGGAGUGGCUCUCGCCCGCCCUCAGCCUGCUGCCUUCCCUGCUGGCCUCCCCCAGCGAGACCGUGUCAGAGGUGGCAGCCAGUGUGGUGGCGCACUGCGUGGAGUCGUCCCAUCAGCAGGCGGCACUGGCAGCGGCGGGCGGCAUGCUGUCUCUCACGCGUCUCCUCGGCUCGUCCCCCCGCCGCACCGACACCGCGCUGCUCGCGCUGGCAGCUGCCGUCAGAGACAACCACCAGCAGGCCGCUGCUCUCGUUGACCUGGGAGGGGGAGCAGCCAUGGCGGCCAUAGUGUCGCUGGCGCGCCACCAGUCCCCCGCCACGCGCCUGAACGCGUGCCGCUGCCUGCUGCACGUGGAGCGCGCCCUCUGGCUGCUGGGCGGGGCUGUCAGGGCCGUGCCCCGCGCCCUCCUCUCCCACCCCGCACCCUCUCUUGCUGCCGCGCCUGCUGCUGCACCAGACACUGCAGGCACGGCCUCUGCUCCUGCGUGUGCCUGGGGCGGCGGUGCGCCUGCCAUGGGAGGCGCUGCAGCGGAUGUGAGCGGCCCUCGCAGCGCCGCCAUCGAUGGCGGUGGGAGGAUGGGUGGGCGAGGGGUGGGAGUGAAGAGGGAUGCCAUGGGUGGGUUGAAGGAGGGCGUUCGGGGCCAGUGGCAGCAGCAAGGGGCAAACCAGCUGUCAAGCCGAUAUGAACAUCCCCAAGGGCAGCUGCCACUGCAGCAGCAGCAGCAUGCAGUGUGUGGGGUCCUCUUACCAGGGCAGUCGCUGCAUCCCAGCCUCACAGCCACUCACACGCCUGCCACCCCUCACCCUGCUGCUGCUGCUGCUGCUGCUGUUGCUGCUGUCAGUGGCGAGCGGCUGAUGAGGGUGGGCGUGGGAGUGGGUGUGGGCAUGGGCGUGGGGGCGUCGGUGGACGUCAACGUGGCGGCGGUGGUGCUGGUGGUGCUCAUCCACCUGCUGCACCAUACAGACCAGGUAGGGGACCAGGCGCCACGUCUGCUGCAGCAGCUGUUGGAGGGGCGCGAGGACAUUCAGUGGGCUGCCUUCAAUGCUGACGCCGCCUCCGAGCUCGUUGCCCUGCUCCGCCCCUCCUCCCCCUCCCCUUCCCCUUCCUCCUCCCUUCUCAUCCCCUCUGCCAUUCCCCUCCCCUCCUCCUCGCCUCCCAUCCCCUCCCUCCCGUCCUUCGCCUCUCCUCUCAUCCCCCCUUCCGCCUCUCCCCCCACCGCUGCUGCGACCAGGCCCCUCUUUUCUCGGUCGCCAGCUGUUGUCACUUUUGGCUCGGUAGGCUUGGCCGAACCUAGCUCCAAUGGCCUGGUUUUUGCUGAGCCUAGGGCCACCCGAGCCUGGCUGAGUGGUGUGGGGAGGAGGGAGACUGUGGAGUUUCCCUCACGCAGAUGGAUGGCCUGGGGCGAGGGGGGGAGUGUGCGAGGGGGGCGGGAGGGGCGGGAGGGGCGAGAGGGGAGAGAGGGUAGCGAGGGGAGGAGGGGGGGUGACGAGGGGUUGGGGUGGAGGAGUGAGGUUGGCGGGGGGAGUGUGAGGAGAGGGGAGAAAGGGAAGAGUGAGGGGGAGGCGGGGGCGUUAGUGGAGCGCAAUGCGGUGCAGAGAGAGGGUGCGGCGGGCGCACUGGCGGUGCUGUGCUCGUCGUGGGAGGCCAUUCGUCGACAGGCGCUGGACCUCAAGGCCCUCCCGCCUCUGCUGCGCUGCUUGGACGCCUCCCAGCCCACGGCGCUGCGCACAGCUGCAUGCUCGUGCCUGCACUCUCUCUCGCGUUCCAUCAAGAAUCUGCGCACAGGUCUGUCCACAGCGCCUGUCAUCCUCUCCGUGCUUCAACUCGCCUCCUCCCCCGAUGCCUCCGCCCAGCUAGCAGCGGCAUCAGCGCUGGCCAAUCUGCUGCUGGACUUUCGUGGAGACACGGGUGCGCUCAGGCAGGCAGGGCUGCUGACACGCAUGGCAGCGCUGGCAGCACGGGGGGAGGGGGCAGUGCGAGAGGGGGGUGUGGAAGGGGUUGGGGAGGGGGGUGUGAAGGGGGGUGUGGAGGGAAUUGUGGAGGGGAGUGUGGAGCUGGUGGAGCGCAGUGUGAUGGCGCUGCGCAAUGUGGCGCUGUCAGCUGGCACGGCCGUCAAGGAGGACAUUCUCACCCUCUUGCUGCCGCCCGCGCUGCCCGCUCUGCUGCUAGCCCCCUCACCCUCCAUCCAGCUGCAGGCGGCGGCGCUGCUGCGCAACGUGGCACACGGCCCCGAGGCGGACGCGCACCUGGUGGCGCGCGCACUGCAGGGCGGGCUGCUGCGACUGCUGGUGGCCCGAGUACUGCCGAGCAGACUGGUGCCACUGAGAGCAGCGGCAGCCAGGGGGGAAGCUAGCGGGGAAGGCAGAGGAGCAGCAAGAGGGGAAGCGAAAGAGGGUGGGAAAGAUGCGGAGGCAGCGCUGCAGGCGGUGCGGCGAGCGCAGUAUGCAGUGCGCGUGGAGGCGAUGCUGGCACUGAGCAACGUAGCAGCGGGGCGUGCGGAGGACAAGGACAGUGUGCUGGCGCUGCUGCUGCUGCCCGUGGCAGAAAUCAGGGAGUUUGAAAGGCAUCAGGAGCCAGGCGCAGAGGUGAAAGAGCGUGAGAUGACUCAAGAGGCAGGUGGAAGGGGUUGCACAGCACUGCCUGGAGCAGAAAGGGAGGUGGGAGCGGAUGGAGAGAAGGCGGGUGCAGGCAAUGGUGGUGCUGCUGGAGCCUCUGGGCUGGACGCUGGUGCUGCUGAUAGUGGCGGCGACAGCAGGAAGGGAGAUAGCGGGGAAGAGGCGAUGGCAGUGUCAGAAGCAGGGGAUUUGCAGCAGGCGCUGCAAGGGCCAUGGCCUGCCAUACCAGGGCAGGCAGCACAGAGGGAAACGGCCGCCUGUGCUGCUGGAGAGGAGAAGAACCAAAUCCCUGACAAGCCAGUUCCGCAGCAGCACCGGCAACAUGCCUCUGCUUCGAGCCCAGCUCAACCCACCAGCAGCACCCCCUCCCUGCCCUCUCACCACCGCCCAUCCCCCCCGCUCAUCCUGCACCUCCUGCGCCUGCGCGGCUGCACCACUCUGCGCCUGGCGGCGCUGUGGUGUGUGGCCAACCUCUGCCGUCCCGCCUGCCUGGGCGCUGGUAACCGCGCUGCUGCUCUGCGGGGAGUGGGCGUGGUGGCGGAGCUGGAGAGACUCAGGCGCGCAGGGGACUUUGACAUCGCUUGUCGGGCCAAGCUGGCAUGGGAUCACGUCACAAGGGAAGAUUGACAUGCUGCGAGCCAACCUUCUGCCGCCUCGCAAUUUCGCGUGCUUGCGACCUGGUGCAACAGACUGGCAUGGAGUGACAGCGAGAUGGUAGCAGCAAUAGAGAGCAUGGCAGUAAGCCAAUGGGGUAAGGGGGUAUGGUGUUGUCGUGCGGCACGAUCUCAGACAUGCUGUUUGUAUGAAAUUAAUCAGCCGUAAUUAUGCAUGUGUGUUGUCACACAUAAUUAUCAAUACUUCGUUUCGUGUUGCCCACUUUCAACUGGCCCUCAGAUUCGUUUUAGGCCACGCUGAUUGAUCAGUGUCGAUCUAAAAAAACACCCUGAAAAUCAGUUUUUGGUAGUGGUUUUCU